GGCGGCGUCUUUCCUUCACCGGAUAUCCGCCGUGGUGGGGCCGGGAGCGGAGCAGAUGGGGGUAAACAAGGAAGAGAAGCGGCAGCAGCAGCGCGGAGUGAGGACAAAAACUAACCCCAGAAAGCUGGACCACCGGGAGGCAUAGCCUAUUUACCACCAUCUACCUGGAAUACACGUUAUGAACCCUUUCUGGAGCAUGUCUACAAAUUCAACACGCAAGAGACCCGAAACCGAAGAAAAGGCUCUGGUUGGUGAGCUGAAGAACAGUCCUCCCCGCACUGCUCCGAAAAAGCAGCUGCCUUCAAUUCCCAAGAAUGCUGUGCCGAUGACCAAGCCUGCUUCUCCGGCCCUUUCAGCUCAGUCUACGAAUGGAACGCAUGCCUCCUAUGGACCUUUCUAUUUAGAGUACUCCCUCCUGGCAGAAUUUACUUUGGUUGUGAAGCAGAAACUGCCUGGUGUCUAUGUUCAACCCUCUUACCAAUCUGCAUUAAUGUGGUUUGGAGUAAUAUUUAUAAGACACGGGCUGUACCAGGACGGUGUUUUUAAAUUUACGGUUUACAUCCCCGACAACUAUCCAGAUGGCGAUUGCCCACGCUUGGUGUUCGACCUGCCCAUCUUCCACCCGCUAGUAGAUCCCGUCUCCGGUGAACUGGAUGUGAAACGGGCCUUUGCCAAGUGGAGGCGAAACCACAACCACAUAUGGCAGAUACUUAUGUAUGCUCGCCGGGUCUUCUACAAGAUCGAUACCACGAGCCCCCUGAAUCCUGAAGCUGCUGUUCUAUAUGAAAAAGAUAUUCAACUUUUCAAAAGCAAAGUAGUCGACAGUGUCAGACUAUGCAGUAGUCGUUUAUUUGAUCCGCCGAAAAUAGAGGAUCCUUAUGCAAUUAGCUUUUCUCCCUGGAAUCCCGCUAUACAUGAUGAAGCUAGAGAGAAGAUGUUGACUCAAAAGAAGAAGGAAGAGGAUCAACAGAGUAAAAGCAUGCAGGUGUCUGGCCUGUCGUGGGUGAAGCCCGGCUCCGUCCAGCCGUUUAGCAAAGAGGAGAAGACGCUGCCCACUUAGCUCCCGCGAAGGAGGACGCACUCAACACUUUUUCUGCAGGAAGAGGGAAUGUAACGGGAGCCAAGCAAGCCCAGCGGCGGACUUUGGAUUAGUUAAGAGUAAACGCUAGCGGCGAUUCAAGUAAACCUGCUCCGUGGCAUUGCUUGGACUCUUCUUGGGGUUUUACACGUAUGUUUUAACUGCAGGUUGGAAACGUAGUUUUUAACAAGGCUGGACUCUUGCUGGCGAAGGGGGUGGGAAGGAGGCCUCACGGGGCGAAGGCCGCCUUUGAGGCUCCUCUUGGGUUUACUUUUAAAGCUUUUCCUUUUAACAUGUCAAGAACAGGCAGGAGAAACUUGUUCCAGAGGUAAUCUGUGUUUAUGUAAACUAAUAUAGCAGAGUAAAAAUACUAUAUUUAAAAACUUUUAAAUGCAUCGGUUUCUAUUGUAAAUAAUGUUAGGAUAUGGAAUUUGUAAAUAGUCGGAUAGGAUUCCUUCCAGCCCUUUUAGGGGCAGAAAGGCCGAGAUGGGCAUGUAUGAUGAAUGAUGAUGAUGAUGUAUAUCGGACGGUUCCCCCCUUUCCCCCCAGUUUGCAUUGUCACUCCAGGCUGCUCCUAAUCUCUCGGUCGGCAAUCUUUUGACCCCAUUUUGGACUCCGGUUGCCUACAGGAAAGAAUAAACGGACAUUUCCUUCCCUAAAUUACGCACAAUGAUGAAAUCUCUCAAAGGAUUGCCCGGCAGAAACGUACUUGGCCCGCUCUUCUCAAUGUUUGCAUGCAUCUUAAAACUUAGCGGCCUUAAGAUGUGUCAGAAGUAGUAUUAGAAGCAGCCUGAAAUCACACAUUUGCUGAGGACAGAAAUCCAGGGCUCUUAAUAGUAGGCGAUGUAUUGGUUGCAUUAAAAACCUUUUAGAGAAAUCUAGAGAGGCUGCCUCAGAACAUGGUAUGAUUCAUGUGUGCAUAGUGGCAUCUUAAAAAAAUAAAACUGCAAUCAUGGUGAA